AUGUCAGUCGGCGACUCGUUGUCGCUUGCCGUGGCUGUUUACGGGUUUCUUCCUCGAACAAAACGUGUAGAAGAAGCUGGUCAUGCUUACGAGUGCUCUGUGAUUCGUGAUAAAAUCACAUUAGGCAAAUGUACACUACCAAUUCUUAGAAGAAAUAGCGAGGAUGACCUUGAACUCACUCCAGAAGAAGUGGUAAGUUUUCAUCUUGUUAAUGAUAAGGUUUUCUGUUUAAUUCCUUUUUUUUCUUGUCUCAAAACUGAAUGGACAGUUGCCCAAUAUGCUAACUCCGCUAUGGUACCUGACCGGAUUAUUAUACCGCAGAGUUGUCUUUAUGAUGCCAAGGCUGAUUUCGAAAGUCAUCUGACCCAAUUUUUUUUCAAAUGUGGUAUCACUCUCGAAGUGAUUUGA